AUGCUAGUGUGGUACGAACACGAAAUGCUCCCGGAGGAGCUGCGAGUGCGCUAUGAAGCGCGCAUGCCCUUCAUUCCGAUCAGGGAGCUUUUCCAUCCGCCGCUUCAGCCCUUCAAGUCCCGGCCUCGUUUGGCGCCACCGAAGGUUCCGCAGCGGGCGGAGACGAAGCCGCCGACUUGGCAUUACCUGGACACCAAGGGCCAGUUGCAGGGGCCUUUCUCGUCGCAGCAGAUGGCGCUGUGGCACGACCACGACAUGUUGCCAAAGACUCUGCGGCUUCGACGUAGCACAGACACCGACUUCUUCACGAUUCCCGAGUUCUUCCCAGCUCCUUUGACUCCCUUCAAGUCGCUGCCAGUCGUGCCAGCGAAGGAGGCGCCUCCCGCAAGGCAAGUGCCACAGAUCAAGGCCCAGGCGGAUCUCAGCCAUCUGGGACCUCUGGCGUCACUCUUCGCAAACGCCACUGCUGCAGCGCAUGCAAGUGCGCAACAGCAGGCGAUGGCGGUCGGGAAGAAGGGAGAGAAGGGCAAGGGUAAGCACGUCGAGGAAGGUGAGCACCCGCAGGGCAACUCCAAGAAAGGGCGGGGUAAGGCCAAGGAGAAGCAGGAGGCCGAUGCGAACGGCUGGGUCUGGUCCGCCGAGCAUGGAUGGAGCAAUGACAAGUGGUGGGACUGGUCCUGGAACGGCCACGGCUGGUCCGAGAACGGAGACGGCUGGGAGAACGGCAAGCAAGCAGGCGACUGGUCCGGAGACGCAGCACAGAAUGCGCCUCACAAGGACAAGGGAGAGAAGGUCACUGCAGUCCAGGCAGCAUUCGGCAACCUCAAGUGGGGUCCACCCUUCCAGGAUGACGACCUUUUCCCGGAGGAGCCCAUCCGCCGCGUUCUGGACGAGGGCAUUGUUUGGGAGGAGCGCUGGAUCUCGCCCCUGGGCGUGCGCUUCUCUCAGGGCAAGAUCCACCCGUUCUUCCACGAGCGGGGGCCGAUCUCUGAGGUCAUGCUUCAGAUCAAGCUGAAGAAUGAGGAGGGAAAGAGAUGUAAGCGUAUCGAGCCGCCCUUCCCUCCCGUCCGGCUCCUGCACCUCAAAGAGCAGGGCGUCCUCGUUACCUUGGACAACCGACGGCUCUAUGCGCUCCAGCGUUUCGCGCUGCAGGAGUGGCCCACUCCAUGCCUGGUGCGCGCACUCUGUGUCGAUGAGCUCACGCCCACAAGGCUGCGUGCAGAGAAUCGCAAGUUCACGAACCGGCUCUGCGGAUUGCAGCUGGAGGUGGAGAGCAGAAGCAAUGCCUUCGACACCUUUAGCUGGGUCACGGAGGCAGCUCAGACGGAGGCGCCUCGCUUCUGCCGCCCCGUGUCCCUCCGCGCCUACGACCGUGCAGUGUCGCUUCUGCCAGUGCUCGUGGUUCACUCGCUCCUCUGCCUGAAGCUGCGCCCCUACCUCCGCUCGAGGUGGCCCCUGCUUCGCUUCUUGGCGAUGACCCUGCCUUCACCGCAGCAGCGGGAGUUUGCGAGCAAGCGAGUCCUUCUGCAACACAUCCUGGAGCUCUCCAAGCCGACGGGCGAGGUGCUAAGAUGCCCCCGUGUUUGUGUCGGCUACAAGGCUGAGACGGUUGUCGCUUUGGGCAAGGGCCGAAGCUGUGUCUCGUCGAAGCUUUCUGUCGAGCGACCACUCGCCUUGCUCCAGGCUCCCGGCCCCCUCUCGAGGAUUCAGCGCCGCGUGCUGUUAACUCUGCUGCCCAUGAGCUGCCUCCCCUACGUGCGCAGCUCCCUGAAGGGUGCUGAGCAGGACUGGAUCAUUGGUUUACUUCUCGCUUGGGGCAAGGUUGCGGCCUGCAUGCUACAGCUCUCGCCGCUUCCAUGA